UUUUUUUUUUUUGCUAUUUACAGUACACGAUAACCUACAUAUUCCAAAUGGCUACUCGUCAAAUUAUUAAUGUCUACGCCGAAACUGGUAAAGCCAGCGAUGCUACUAUCCCUCUUCCUGCUGUGUUCAAGGCUCCUAUCCGUCCUGAUAUCGUGAACCAUGUGCACACUAACAUGGCUAAGAACAAGCGUCAACCUUACGCUGUCUCUUCCAAGGCUGGUGAACAAACCUCUGCUGAAUCUUGGGGUACUGGUCGUGCUGUUGCUCGUAUUCCUCGUGUUAAUGGUUCUGGUACUCACCGUGCUGGUCAAGCUGCUUUCGGUAAUAUGUGCCGUGGUGGUCGUAUGUUCGCUCCUACCAAGACCUGGCGUAAGUGGCACAUCAAGACCAACUUGAACCAAAAGCGAUAUGCCACUGCCUCUGCUUUGGCUGCUUCUGCUCUUCCCUCUUUGGUUAUGGCUCGUGGUCAUCGUGUUGAACAAAUUGAAGAAGUUCCCUUGGUUGUUUCCGAUCAAGUUGAAAAAUUCACCAAGACCAAGGAAGCUGUUGCCCUCUUGAAAUCUCUUGAAGCUUAUGCUGAUGUUGUCAAGGUCUCCAAUUCUCGUAAGAUUCGUGCUGGUAAGGGUAAGCUUCGAAACCGUCGUCAUCGCCAACGUCGUGGUCCUCUUGUUAUCUACAACGAAGACAAUGGUAUUGUCAAGGCUUUCCGCAAUUUACCUGGUGUUGAAGUUAUCAAUGUUCGUCGUCUUAAUUUGUUGCAAUUGGCUCCUGGUGGUCACUUGGGUCGUUUCAUCAUUUGGACUCAAGGUGCUUUCCAAUUGUUGGAUGAUAUUUAUGGUACUUAUGAAAAACCCUCUACCUUCAAGAAGAACUAUGUCUUGCCCGAUAAUAUCAUGACCAACCCUGAUGUUUCUCGUUUGAUCAAUUCUCAAGAAAUCCAAUCCGUUGUCCGUGCUGCUGGUCCCAAGAUUGUCAAACGUCCUUUCACUCAAAAGAAGAACCCUCUUCGCAACCAAGGUGUUAUGAAUCGUCUCAAUCCCUAUGCUCAAGUCCUCCGUCGUGCUGAAAUCAUCGCUCAACAAAAGCGUGAAGCUGGUAAGGUCGCCAAACCUCAACCUACCAAGAAGGGUGCUAGCACUGCUGCUUCCAAGAAGUUUUUGGAAACUCUUCACUCUGCUUAGGAUCCUUGCAUUAGAUUAGUUUUUUUUUUUUUUUUUGAUCAAUUGAUCUAUAUUAUCCCUUUUUUUUGAAUGAUCUUUCUCUUUUAUAUUACAUGUUAUUUUAUGAUUUUUAUUAUCUCAACUAAUAAAAAGAAAAGAUUAAGGGGUGUAUUUAGUUGAUGAUUCAUUGAAAA